CCACAGCUGUCAUCCUUUUUUAAAUUUUACUUUUGCUCCUUCUCUCAAUUUAACACCACGAUAUUAGCCCACACCUCGCCGGAGGAAGGAAGUGCUGCUUCAAUGGCGACGAGAACUCUAACGAACCGAUUCGAAUCUCGCUUUUUGAUUCGCCUCCUCGAAUCUCCGUCUCUGUUCACGAGCUCGAGGUCCCUUCAAACCCUAGCCUACGAAGAAGUCAGAACCUCCUCCGGCGACCGGAAACACGAGUCCACAGCUCUCAUCCUUCACGGCCUCCUCGGCUCGGGCCGUAACUGGCGAUCGUUCUCUCGCUCCCUCGCGUCGUCUCUCUCCGUCUCCUCUCCCUCUGAUUGGAAGAUGAUGCUCGUGGAUCUGAGGAACCACGGGAGAUCUACGGAGGUGGAAGGGAUCAACCCGCCUCAUGAUCUUGUGAACGCGGCCAAGGAUUUAGCUGAUUUGGUGAAGGCGAGUGGGUGGAGCUGGCCUGAUGUGGUGAUUGGUCAUUCCCUAGGAGGCAAAGUCGCGUUGCAGUUCAUGGAGAGCUGUGCUCGUGGUGAUUAUGGUCAAUCUGCUUCUCCUCCUAAGCAGCUUUGGGUGUUAGACUCUGUUCCUGGUGAAGUCAAGGCUGAACAAAGUGAUGGUGAAGUUGAGAAAGUUCUGAUGACGUUGCAGAGUUUACCUUCUCCAAUCCCUUCACGCAAGUGGCUCGUGGAUCAUAUGGUGGAGCUUGGGUUUUCAAGAUCGUUAUCUGAGUGGAUUGGCACCAAUCUCAAGAGAUCAGGAGACUCAGAGACAUGGGCUUUUAAUCUCGACGGAGCUGUUCAAAUGUUUAAGUCUUACAGGGAGACUUCGUACUGGUCAUUGCUAGAGAAUCCGCCAAAAGAGACGGAGAUUUCUUUUGUGAUUGCUGAGAAGAGUGACCGAUGGGACCAGGAUACAACCACGCGCCUUGAAAGAAUUGCUAAACAGAGACAGAAUGUAUCAGACGGGAAGGUAGCGACUCGUGUUCUCCGUAACUCUGGCCAUUGGGUCCACACAGACAAUCCAAAGGGACUCCUAGAGAUUGUGAGUUCCAACUUCUUGUCUACACAGAAGUAGACGAUGUUCCAAAACUGCAGCAGUCUUUGAUUGAGUUACCUCUCUUCCCUUCUUCUGUAUUCAUAUGCAGAAAUAGCGAAUUCAACCAAACUAUUUACAUGAUGCACUACGAAAAAUCGUUUCUGAUUUUAGAUAUGCUAUUUGUUAUUAUAUGCACUUGUUUGUUAUUUAUGCAUUGUAUCCGAUGUCUCUGAUUUAGAGACGUGCUUUGGUUACAUAUUAUGAAUGGUAUACCGGCCUUUUUUGGUAUCA